GAAUGUCAUCUCAAAUUACAAAAAAGCCAUCUUUAAAGCUCUAAUUAAACAAGAAGACAUUAGAUACUUUGGCAAAGGAGAAAGCUAAUGUUCCUCCUAGCUCCAAAUGCUCUUAGAAGACAGUGUCAUCUAUAAAUGUAAAUAUAAACCACUAUAACUCAUAUAGACUACCAGUUGUACAUCAUCAUCUUCUAAAUAAAACUACCCAUAUAAGGAAUCAAAGUCUAAUGCCUCCAAAAAUUCAGAAGAACAUUCAUAAUUAAUUCAAUAUUUGCUCUAAGAAAAUAUUGAAUUAUAGAAACAGAACCAAGACAAGGAUUAAUUGAUUAAUUUCUUAAGUAAUAAACACUCACCUAAGAGAAGAUCAAUAUUAAACACAGAAAGAAGCACUGAAAUCAAAUCUUCCAAACUUCCUUAGAUUUAAUAAGCUAAAAGUUCUCUAGAGAUAGAUAAGUAAUUAUUUCUCUUAAUUCAAACUUAGUUUAAACGAUGGAGUCUGUACACCAUUCUGUUUUACAUUUUGUCAAUAAGAUACUUAAAGUUAAUAAAGUGUAAGAAAUAAAAAGUUGCCUAAAGAAUUUUAAAUUGUACCAAACAAAAAAAGAUAUUUUGUAUGA